AGGAAAAGAGCGGGAGAGGGAGAAGUCAAUGAGAAAAACAUUCCAUGUGAAUGUCAAGGGUGGGAAGCUGGAGGGACAAAGCUAAUUCUUUAAGGAGUCUUCCUCUGUGGCUGCUGGACUGCUUCCGUCAUGUUCUCAGACACCAGAGCGCCUGGGGAGCACAGAGGCUUUCAGCACAGCAACCCUCAUCUCAACCUCUGGCUCCACAAUAGAUUCAGGGCCCAUCACAGUGACAUGGGACUCAAUGUGCAGCGCAGGCGGACUGAUGCCAACCUUACCUAUCCCAACAGAGCCAAAGAGGUAGGCUUUAAAUCACAAGAGGUUAUCAACAAUAUACAUGGGAAAGAAAGGAUGGGUCCCCAUUUGAAUGGACUGGGAUUGGAGGAGCUAGAUUUAAGAAGCCAAGUUGGCAGUCCUUCCAGGUGGAGCCAGGUUCCGUCUCCAGAGCCAGGCCUGAGACACAGCGCAUCUGUCAGGAACCACUACACAGAACGCUCCUUUGUUUGGAACCACCGCCAGACGUUACCACACCCCUCAGUCAGGAACUACGUUACGGCCCCCGCUCCACCAACACAGUUCAAAUGUCAAGACUGCUGUAAAGUGCCUGUUUGUUUGGAGGACCAGCUUUGGGGUUACCCCAGACAGACCUGUCAGAGAAACCUUCAUAAAUCCAGCUGGGUGGAUUCAACCACAGCCACACAGGGCUUACCCAGACACCAGAGUUUCGGUUCUACCUUGAGUUCCACCCCAAAAAAAGUCAGAAACAUCCAGAGAGACUUGACUAGACCAGUAGGCGGACCAGAGACCAGAAGAGACCAGAAAUACUUGACUAAACCUGUGGAGGGUUACAAUGGACCCAGCUCUCUGCAUGAGGUCAUAUUCUCUACAGAGGUUCCUCAGAGAAAUAUGGGAGGUCCCACUCUCCGACCCCAGCAGAGCCCCAGUAAGCCCUGUCCCACCCCAGAGGAUGUCCAGACCAGGCCCGCCAGCGGCCACCAUGGCUCCAGGAGAGGGCCAGGGCUGACUGGGUCGAAGAGGAGCCACCGGAAGGUGGUCCGGGAUCAGAUCCGGAGAGUGGUGGAGAACCUGGAGGAGGUUCUAGGAGGCCUGAAGGACAUCCAUCAGGAGAUGAAGGAGGUGGUGCAGCAGAUUGAGCUGCUGACCUCGUCCAUUGACCUGAGUGAAGGAGAAGCCAGCCCCAGCCUGCCCAGCGACAGUAGCUCCACCUCCAGUGGAGUCACGAUGGGCAGUAGCCAUCAGAGGCCCAGAGGCCCAGGGGGUGAGGAGGCCAGGCAGGGGGACGCAGCUCUGUCCUCCCUCAUCAGGACUAACUCACCCCAGCGUCACAACCCUGCCUCCAGCCCGGUCCGCCUUCCCCACCAACUUGCUCCCAGGCCUCACAGGAGUAGCCCUGUUCGCCCUCCCACCUCUGGUCUGUCCCCCAUCAGUACCAACCCACCUCACCCCAACACCCAUGAUCCCUCAGUCAAGAGCAAGAGUUUACAUUACCCCCUCAACCAUGCCUCUAACUCUGCUCUCUUUCACAUCCUUGGACUUCCCCCUCAUGAAAUAAGUUCCCUUCCUCACCCCUCUGCUCUCGGUCCUUCUGUCACCUUAGAAACCCAAACAGGGUCACCCAUGAGGUCACCUCUCCCUGUCAGCCCACCCAGAGCCCGUAAGACCCAGACCAUGGUGGAGGGAGUGAGGACAACAUCUGCUAGAUCGCUGGGGCUAACGCAGGGCCAGACAGUCCCACACGGCCCAGGGAGAGUUCCAGGGCCCAAGGGCCGCAAGCCGCCUCCUUACCCGCACGAUGGGCACUUUGAUCGGGGGGCAAGUAAAGGCAAGGACCCCAAGAAGGCUCCCCCGUAUCCUGUGAAGAGAAAACUGCUCUCGACCACGGUGUGAGAGGGAGGUGGUUGGAUUAAUGGAGCAACUACCACAGAGCUGAGGGAGCAGAGGGUGAUUUAAGGCUCGCCAACUUGAGCAGAGCCCACGUUUCCAAGGUGAUGAGAGGUGUCUCAGGGGGACAGUGCCGUCAGGAGGAGAGGUUGAACGGUUCUGUUCUGACGACAGCAUCUGUCUGAGGCUUUGUCCUUGCGAGGGAGGAUGGUCAAGAGGCCUGUGGGAGAGCAGUGUAUGUGCGGCGAUGUACAAAGCCUCCUCGCCUGACAGACUCCUCAGAACAGUGUUUCCCUGUAUGGUGUUUUGGUAAACACUGGUGGGUUGCCAUUGAUUUGUGUGAAGAUGUGGCAAUAAACUGCAUCAUGACUAACAACAGUCUAGUUUACAUAGUAGAUCAGAGGGAGAUAUAAAAAAACUUAUGGUGGGACAGACACAGCACAGACCGGUUUAGGAACCACUGCCUUUUAGAACUGUGUGCAACUUACAUGUGAUGUGACACUAGUCUGAGAGUUGUUUGUACUCUGAACACAGCAGCAUUCACUUGGGAGAAGAAUACAUGGUUAGAUCUGAAUGCAACAUGGGUAACAAUGUACUCUCUGACUGCAAUAUAAUGUUCUCUCAAAUACCUACAGUAGCAGUCAAAAGUUUGGACACACCUACUCAUUCAAGGUUUUUCUUUAUUUGGACUAUUUUCUACAU